CCCUUCGUUUGUAUUGACGGAUCCACGGUCAAGACUACCUUCUAUUCAAAAGAAUCCAGCCAUACCCUCCCAGCCAAGUGUUCCCCAAGCUUUCCAGCUAAAAUCCCGUGAAAUUCGACCGACGUACAAGGGUCGAGAGCAAACUGCUUUGUUUGCCCACAACGAUUCCCCUAUCGCACUCCUCCACCCUCUCGAUCCCCAACGAGCCAACGACACACUAUGGUCCUAAGAGUUGGAAUUAUCGGGGCAGGAAUCUCCGGCCUCGUAUCCAUAAAGCAGUGCCUGGAGGAAGGAGUUGAACCCGUGUGCUUUGAGGCCUUGGGACAUUUUGGCGGGCAGUGGCACUACACAGACCCCGACCCACAUACCGGCGAAGUCGCUAGUUCAAUGUACCGCAGUGUCGUGAUAAACACCUCCCGGGAGACGAUGAUGAUGAGCGACUUUCCCAUGGAUCCGAAUAUGUAUGCUAUGUAUACCCAUAAUUCAAAGGUGCAGCAGUAUUUUGAAUCCUAUGCAGAGUUUUUUAAAUUGCAGCCUUACAUCCGCUUCAAUCAUCGUGUUCGGAGAGCCUAUCCGGCUGGGGAUGGGAAGUGGACCGUCGAGGUGGAGAGUGGUGGGGAGGUAACGGUGGAUACCUACGAUGCGGUAUUCGUAUGCACGGGUCACCAUUCCACGCCUAACAUGCCGGAUUGGCAGGACGUGGAAAAGUUUGAAGGGGAGUUGGUGCAUAGUCAUUAUUAUCGGGAUACCGUCAAAUUUCAAGGGAAGAAUGUUGCGGUCGUCGGGGUUGGGAAUUCCGGAGCCGAUAUUAGCGCGGAACUAAGUAGCUGCACUAAAUCUACACACCUGAUCACUCGCUCCGGAACCUGGGUAUUUCCGCGCUUCCUGCUCGGAGAGCCGUACGAGUACCUCGGAAGCCGCUUCAUGCUCAACAUGGUGCCCCGCAGUGUAGCAAUCGCUGGGAUGCAAUGGGCUCUAAACUACACGCUUGGGACCAUCCCGAAAGAGCUGAAGCCGGAACACAACCUGCUGGGUGCACACCCCACCAUCCGCAGCGACCUGAUCGAGCGAGUGCGGACGGGAACGGUAACCGCACAUCGAGGGUCUAUAAAAAGGUUUACCAAGAAGGGAGUUGAACUUACAAAUGGGGAGAUAGUGGAGCCGUUGGAUGCGGUUGUUGCUGCAACGGGAUAUACCUUGAACUUCCCCUUCCUCCCAAAAGGAAUCGUACAAUCCGACGAGGACAAAGAUGGAAAAGAAAACUGGGCGAAUCUCUACAGGUUAAUUGUGGCACCGGGGCAUCCGGGGCUCUAUUUUAUUGGGCUGUGCCAAGCAUUAGGUGCAUUAAUGCCCGUCGCGGAAAUGCAAGCAAGAUGGGCCAUCUCUGUCCUCAAAAACGAGAUCCCUCUUCCAUCACCCGAACGGAUGAGUGAGGACAUAGCAGCCUAUCAAAACGAUCUCAAGAAGGUGUUUGUCAGGUCCCCGCGCCACACGCUUGAGGUCGAGUUCUUCCCGUACAUGGACUUGCUCGCCCAGGACCUAGGCGUGCACGUCACGCUUGGCCGGUUCUUCUCCACGUUUGGGGUUUGGCAAGGCAUAAAGACCGCCCGGAGCGCCUAUUUUGGGCCCCCGAGUGCAGUCCAGUAUAGGCUAUUCGGGAAGGGGAGGAAGGAGGAGCUUGCCAGGCUUGUUUUGCAGAGGCUGGCGAGGAAGAGGAAUGAGGAGAUGAGUGUGGAGGAGAUGGCAGAGGUGGAGAGGUAUAGGGUGGGCAAUUGAGUGGAGGAAGGAAGGAGACUUUCAGAGCGCAGGGUAGGGUGGGAGGUCCCGGUUGUGGUUGCCGGCGUUGGUGGCGUGGGGAAUGGAAAUAAUGUUAUUAUACCAGUAAAAAAAAAGAAAGUACGCACUGCGGGCCUUGCUUGGUGCAGAUUUCAGUACAAAUUGGGGGGGGGGGGAGUUAUAACGAAGGCCUUAGAAAAAAAACUUCACAGAAAUCAAGAAUCAAAAUCACAGGAGGGUCCCAUCUCAUUCAACUAUAGGCAUCUCGAGUUAUGGAUGGCCUUCCGUGUCAUAGACGUCCAAGACAAACACUCCGAGUCCCGGCUGGCUACCGCUGCGAUAGGGCACAGUAUGACUAGCAUAGACCACCCGAGACCUUGAGCGAGCUGGAAGCGAUUUGCUCCUUCCCCAACCAACCGGAGAUCUUCAAUUCAACGACGUCCAAAGCCCUCUCCUGCACUUCCCAUGAUUCCAUCACUGACUCCCGCGGAACCGCCCCUAGCACCGUGUCCUCCCUCUCUUCCAAUCCACUUGCUAGGGAUGCCUCGUUGUUUCCCGGUGUUGGGGUCCAGAGCAAAGGAAAGAGAAGGUUUGAUUAGAUUGGUUAUCAGAUUCUCAGACCGC